AUUUAUGAUUUGUGGUUUGUUUUGUUUUUAUUUCAUUGUACUUUGCCUUUGCACUAGAAAGUUGAAAAUCUCACUGAGACCAUCAUGUCUAAAAGUUGUAUAAUUUGCUCUAAAACUGGAUCCUACAAGUGCCCGAUGUGCUACAUUUACUAUUGCUCUUCGAAAUGCUGCAAGAAACAUCGAGAGACCGGCUGCGAAGUUAUUUUGCAGAAGGAAGAUCCACCUCAGGAACCUGAGAAACCGAAGGAGGCACUUAAGUCACCUGAAGAAAUAUCGGCUGGCAGAUUGCAGUUGUUAAAAAACAGUGAUGAAGUGAAAAACCUCCUGACGAACCCUCAUCUGAGAGAUCUUCUAGUAACCAUCGACAAAGCGGAAAACGCCGAACAAAUAAUCCAAAAAGCGAUGCUGGAGCCCAUUUUUGUGGAGUUUGCCGAUGCUUGCAUUAAAGCGGUAGAGCCAGAACAUGUCCAAGAUCACACAUGAAUCUUGAGGAUUUUUCAUUUCUAUAUAUCUUAAGUUAAUGCAGAUUAAGAUUAAUAUAAAUAUAUCCUAGGAUGUGAUAAGCCUUGAAAGUUUAAUUAUAGCAUAUUUGUUAUGAAUAUAUUUUGUAUGCCUCCACAAGACACUGAUUUAUUCCAUGAUUUACAAUUACUUUGUAAUAAUCGUAUUUUAACAUGAAUUGAUUUUUCUCUUUA